AUGUGUAUCAGUAGAGCCUUAAUAGGUGAAGCUAAUAUAAGAACACAACAACAAUCGAAUAACAUUCCACCAAGGAUAAGACUCAUGAGUUCUGUGGAUGACUAUGAUGAUCAUGAUGAUCAUCAUCCUUAUGAUGAUGAUGACCUAUCCACCAAUUCUAGUAUUGCCAUGGACAACAUUCCCAUGGAAAGUCUCCUUUUUAAAAAAGAAGAACAGCGACAUCAUUUCCAUGAUGAUCUAUCCACAUUUACUGGCAGUGUAGAGACUCUUCCUGAAGAUCGAAAUCAUGACUAUGAUUAUGUUGAUGAUCUACCUACAAAUUAUGGCAGUGUGGAGAGUAUUUUUAAAGAGCAACAAAGCAGAGUUCCACAUGAUCUUCAUUAUGAUGAUGACAUAUCCACCAAUUCUGGCAGUGUGGAGAGUCUCUUUGAAGAACGAGAUCAUUUCCAUGAUGACCUAUCCACAAAUUUUGGUAGUACGCAAAGUCUCUUUGAAGAACGACAUCAUUUCCAUGAUGACCUAUCCACAAAUUCUGGUAGUGUAGAUAGUCUGCUUGAAGAGCAACAAACCACAGUUCCCCAUCAUCAUCAUAAUCAUCAUCAUUAUGAUGAUAACCUAUCCACAAAUUUUGGCAGUGUGGAGAGUAUUUUUAAGGAACCAAAUGAUGACUAUGCUGACCAUGAUUAUGCUGAUGACAUGUCCACAGACACUUCCUCAUGCAAAAGCGCAUACACCGAUGGGGACUACUGCGACUCGAAUAAUGAAUUCUACAAUGUAAUGUAUGAAAAUAGUGGACAUGUAAGGCCAAAAGCAGGAGUACAUUUACCCAUGAUAGAUGAAUAUUUUAUAGGGGAAUAUAAAAAUUAUAGUAGUUCUAAAAAAUUCCACAAGAGAAAUAGUUUAAAGCACAAAAUAUACAAAUAUAUACCAUUCCUGGGCAAGUUUUUUAACAGAAUUGAUGCCAAGCUUGAGUCAGAAAUUAGACGUUACUUGGACAUUAAGGAGAGGGAGAAGCAAAAUUAUCCAGUCAGAAAAGUAAAAGGGACACGAAAAUUUUUAAAUUUUCUUAGCAAGAACAGAGUGUUCGUCUCUCUUGAGGCGUUCGGAACACUUCCCCUGUUAUUUUUAGUAUUCCUACUAAUACUGAAAUUCUCUGGCUCAUCUCCUUUAUUGCCCCUUAUGGCCAUUGUUUUGGUCUGUGUAGGAUAUGGCCUCCUGGUAUUUUAUUACGUACGUAAAUUAGAAAAAGUGUCACGUUUAAGGAAACAUAUAAAAGAAUUAAGGGCCACUAAAAAGGUUGCCACCGACCAAACAAAUUAA